CAUGAGGGACAGCGGUGGUCUAGGUGUGUCGAGACCUUUGGCGGUGUGCAUUGUGUUGAGCACUACAGCACUACUCAGUGACCUGGCAAGGUAGUGAGCAUCUCUGUGUGAGUGACUUGAGUCUGCGUACCGCUGAGAGGGUCGCUGUGAUGGGGUGAUGCUGAGGGGACUCGUUUGCGUGCGAAGGAGGGAGAGGCUGCGUGGGACGCCCAGGAGAGGCUUGUGUGCAUAAAGAUACACACCUAGAGGGUCCGUCUUUUCCUGCCAGCGUGAAAGAGGGACUCGAGAGAAAGACACGCUGGAAACAAGAGUGACUGAAAAACGAGGGGGAGAGAGAGAAAAGAAGAUACAGAGCCCGGAGAGGACCCAGAGAGACAGACCUAGGGCGCGGAGACAGGUGGUGACUAGGAGGAGGAGGAGGCGCUCCUGAGGGGCUGCACCCCAGGGGAGGGGGCGGGGCUGGGAAGGGGACCAGCCGCUGCCUCUCUCAGCCUCUGUCACCCGCCAGUCAUCCCAGUCCUGAGCUGCAACAGCCAUGUCCAACAACAUGGCCAAGAUCGCUGAGGCCCGCAAGACGGUGGAGCAGCUGAAGCUGGAAGUGAACAUCGAUCGCAUGAAGGUGUCGCAGGCGGCCGCUGAGCUCCUGGCUUUCUGUGAGACGCACGCUAAGGAUGACCCACUGGUGACUCCUGUCCCCGCCGCCGAGAACCCCUUCCGCGACAAGCGACUCUUUUGCACCCUGCUCUGAGCCCUCAAGACAGCUUUAUCCUCCCCCGCCGAAGCAUGAAUCCAAUAAACUUGGUGACUUGG